AUGAACCAAAAUCAGGAAUCCUCAACUGCCGGUCAUCAAGAAAGCAAUCAUCAAAAGCAACCAAAUACAAACACGAAGGCCGAAGAUACCAAAGAGCGUUUGAAUUGGAUGGACUCCCGUAUGGAGAGAAUGGCGACCAGUUUAGAAACACUUAUCGAAUGCAUCCCAAACCCCGCCGGUAAACCCAUCUCUUCCGAAUCAGAGCGACACGGUUCCUGCGGUGCCAGGAAUUCAGCAAGGUUUUCCGCAGGCCCCCCUACCUUUCCCGUCUCAUGA